AGCGAUUGUUACCACCAUUCUAGUUUCCUCCGGACGAACGAGCCUGGAGCUGAGCUUGCCACCUUCAGUGGAGUCGGAUUGCGCCUGCUCUGUUGCAUACAAUUAGUGUGCUCUCUCAUGACUUCACGAAAUGACAGAACGUGACCGUGCGAGGCACUUGGCUGUCGACGUCGACUCGGGGUAUUGCCGAGUCCAUCGAGUUCCGCACUUGAGUUUCUAUCACCGGGACCUGAUUCCGACCUGUUUCGAUCGACACAUAAUCCGCACGAUGUGUCAAACCUCGACUCAAAUCUCAUGCCAGACGUAAGGAAAGAGGAAGAACGGACGAUCCCCACGCCAGGAGUUGCCUUCAUCUUUCUCCGAGCUUGAGGAAAAUCCCGUCCGUCGAUGUUCAUCAUCUCAAUCAACGAGACGAUGCACUCUUCCCAAAUCCCGAGUGAGGAUCUUGAGAAGCAGACUUCCAGCUCUGCUCGGCCGAAAACUUCGGGAGAAUAUUGAAGACGUCCACGUUGUAAAUGGUUCACACACCAGCAUCCUGUGAAUGCGUGUCUCGAUUGGAUUCGAUUCGACGAGGCAGCAAAUCGCCGAUGCAGAUGCAGAGACGUUGGCAAUCGAGAGUCGUCGUGUGCGCUUGUGUGCAGGUAGUGGUCCUCGGUCACAUAGUUGCAGCGAACGGCUGGACUUCCCACACAGACCUGAAACCGGCAAACCAUGGCCAUGGGCUCGGACCGCAAGAGGUACAGCAGCAGCAGUGUCACCGGAAGCUCAAGGUCGGCGUGAACCUGACGGACGACGUGGUGCAUCGGAGACGACUGGCAGUGGCAAGCGAGGACCUUCCGAAAUAUGCAUACCUCACCGACAGCGAAGGGGUUUACCGGAAGAAAGUUCUCGGCUGGAGAGAGGCUGCGUAUGCCGAAGGCGUCCCGAACCCCAUGGGGUUCACCGGCAACAGCCUGGCCAUACCGGUUGUUCAAGGACGAGGAUUGUACAGGGCGGAGAUCCACGUCGGCAGCCCCGCACAGAAGCUGCUGCUUGAGCUGGACACAGGCAGCGAUUUGACGUGGAUCAAGUGCAGGCCCGGCGUGGCGUGCCAGCAGGGCGAGUUCGGGAACGAUGUGCUCUUCGAUCCGCAAAGGUCGUCGACAUUCGGAAAUUACUUCUCCGAGAGUCUGCUCGAUCAAGGCGACGAAGGCCGCACCUUCGCGGUGCAAUGCACUCACGAUGAUGAGAAAUCGGCCCCCGUGUGCAGGUUUCUUCAGAAAUACGCAGAUGGGUCGUACGCCGGCGGAGGAUUGGUUAUGGAUUCGAUCUCGAUCCCGGAUAUGGGCGACGCGAAGGUGGCGACGUCGUCCCUCGUGCUGGGAUGCGAGAGCAGCAGCUUCGGCGACUUCGAGACAGGACUGCUGGGCCUCGGACGGGGCAGGCUCUCGCUCCCCUCGCAGAUCGGCGAGCUCUACGGCCACAAGUUCGCCUACUGCUUGAGCACUGCUGAGCAUUACAACAGCAGCUUUCUGAGGUUCGGAGAAUCUGCAACUCCCGGCGUUCCGGGCAUGAAGUAUCUGUCUCUGAUCCAGAAUCCCAAGCGUCCGAGCCUCUACUACUUGCGUCUGGAGGGCCUCAGCGUCGGCCAGCGGCAGCUGCAGCUGUCCGCAGACGAUUUCUCCAUCGACGCCAGAACUGGUGCUGGAGGAGUGGUGCUGGACUCGGGAACGACUUACACUUUUCUGCCGCCGGUCGUGUAUAGGAAGCUGACGGAGGCUUUUGAGAAGAAGAUGACUCUGCCUCGAGCAUCUUCGAGCACGAAACUGCAUCUCUGCUUCAGCGUCGUGGGCAAGAACAUGCCUUGGCUUCUGGUCCCGACAGUGACUCUGCACUUUCGAGAGGGCGAGCGGCUCGUGGACAUCGAGCUGCCGGCCGAGAAUGUUCUCAAGCAGGUGACUCCAACCAAGGUCUGCCUCGCUGCGCUUCCCAAUCACGGGCCGGCGGGUGGUCCUGCCGUGAUCGGUAACAUGUGGCAGCGCAAUUUCCAUAUUCUCAUCGACAGCCUCAACAAUUCGGUCGGCUUUUUGGGUCCCAAGGUCUGCAACAUGGACGGUUACCAUCGCUACGACUUGGCCGAAGCUUGGAAGGGUCACUUUCGUGACCCUUAUGCCCUCGCGUUUGCCAUCGCCCUCUUCGUUCCCGCCAGCUUUCUGUCAAGUUUGUUAAUAUCUCUGAUCUUGAAAGGGUACAGUCUGCAAUGCUUUGGACGUUUCAGAGUCUGAUAUCAAGGGAGUUUCGUUGGCAUUUGUCUGAACAUCGCGUCAGAGCGUCGAUACAAUUUUCGCCAUCAUCGACCUCUGCUGAAGACUGCCAAAGGUUUAUUCGAUCCACCCGAAAUUCGAUGGCACACAAGAUUAAGAAUACCAUGUGAAGUAUUAGACGGCAAGCGAAUGAGUCGAUUCCCACUCAUCCUCAUGCUCAUGCUUCUCAAGGACGAGUGGUAGAUGGGCUUCGACUUCCCGGCAAACAGCCGUGGGUGGUGAAGAAUUCUGUUACACGUCAUGGUGCAAAGCUUCCAGGUCCCUGGAGCGGUAUGGUGAAGAAGACAGUUUGGAAAGAAAUACAGUGAGAUGUGACGGUUGACUAAUGGGCUCCAGUUGCUCCAUACUCUUCAACAGUUAGCGAAGACUGGAUAGAAUUAAAAAAAGUCUACCUCGAAGUGUUGUGAAAGACACCAAGUAUGGAAACCUUUGCAAUGGUGAACCGCAUGGGAUGAACACGGAGAGUGAGGAACAGUCCAGUUCUCUUCUGCAUUGUGUGUGAUAGGCUGUCUCGCACUUGAGCGUCUAUUGUUGGUGUGAGCUGCGCUCUUCGGUGGAGUAUUGGAUUGAAGGUCCUACUGGAACGUGUGCACAGUUGACUUCCUUCAAGCUUCUAGUUCAACAAUUCCAGUGGAUUUGCAACUCAUGUGAAACCUCAAUUAUGUGAUUUAGCGAGUAAUCUUCUCAACCGAAAUAGAUUGCGAUAAUACUGAAUAGCUUGAGAAGUGAACUUCAUUUGAAAUUCAUCUCGGUGCUACGUGUCAAGAGUUUGAUAGGUUCAUAUCUCAUUCUGUUAAUUUAGGAUAUGACGUCGGACCAGGCCUCCGGUUAUCCGGGUCCAUUAGAUAUUCCAGGUCCAUUGUUAACCGAAAUCGAAGCUCCCUGAUCCUGGCUCACUCGCUGCAUUCCACCCUCCCUCGAUCCAGGCUCACCCUAAAACCAUAGCUACCUGAUAUCGUUAUCGUUUCGAUGAGGAUUCAGCAUAUUACCGUCUCCAAUCAUGACAGUAUUCUUGUUUCAGGCGUGGUACAAAAUACAAUAAUUUGAUCUUGAUAUGUAUUACCAAGCUUCGCUGGGAGCUAAAUCUCAGUUUCUCUUAGAUGAGGUAAUCAUUUAGAUCUUGGAAUGACUUUCAUCGUGCUGCCAAGUUUAAAUAGGAAGGCCUUGACCACCUCUGUGGCAAUUAAGAACUCGGUGCGGUGUAUAUUACGAUGUCCUAACUAAAGAUCUUGACUUCAAUUUCAUUGCUUCUUAAUGUAAUGCAAAA